GAUUUUAUUUCGCUUUAAAAUGUCUUAAAAGAAGCCACAAAUGCAAGUUGAAUAAAAGGUUCCAGAAAACAUAGUGAAGAAGAGUGCAAGAGACACCAAAUUGAGAGAAGCUGUUGCUAAGAGAAGAACAGAGAGAUUAGCUGCAAAUAAAACAAGAAGAGCUUAAUGGGAAAAGACAGCUUAAGCCUAUGAAAACGAAUACAAAGCUGCUGAUAAGAACCUAGUUGAUAGCUUACGUAAGGCAAAGACUGAAGGUGGAUUCUAUGUACCAGCAGAAUCUAAAUUGAUCUUGGUGGUAAGAAUCAGAGGUAUCAACACCUUGAAUCCACAAGUCAGAUAAACUUUAAGACUUUUGAAAUUGAGAUAACUUCACAAUGCAGCCUUUGUCAGAGUCAACAAGGCUACAAUUGAAAUGAUCAGAAAGGUUGAGCCAUAUGUGACCUAUGGAUAUCCAUCAAGAGCUGUCAUCAAGAAUCUGAUUUACAAGAGAGGAUAUGCCAAAAUUAAUGGUCAAAGAAUUCCAAUCACAAACAACAACAUUAUUGAAUAAUCAUUAGGAAAAGUCGGAAUUCACAGCAUUGAAGAUCUCGUCCAUGAGAUUGUUACAGUAGGAGCUCAUUUCAAGGAAGCAAACAGAUUUUUGUGGGCAUUCAAAUUGAGAGGACCAAGAGGUGGCUUUAUUGCUAAGAGAAGAUCAUUCAUCAACUAAGGUGAUUGGGGAAACAGAGAAGAUCUCAUCAACGAUCUUGUCAAGAGAAUGAUUUGAUUGAACAUUAAUUAUAUAUACAUUAAUAAAAAAUAUCAAUUAUUUAACAAAGUUUUCAUAUUAUAUC